CAUUUAGCUGCGGUAGCUUGACGGCAUCCGUGUGAUUACAGUAGAGAGUGUCUGCUUCCUUGGAGCUUUAAACGGCUAACCCAGGCACCAGUGGCCGUCAGGUUAAUCAGCUAAUUGAUCUGGAGGCUGAUACAGCGCGCGGCGGCCAUAUGUUAGACGUUACGCAAUGAAGACGACAGUGACAGAGUGACUUUCCGCGACUUAAACCAGCUAGCCCCGCCGCUAGCCUAGCCUCUGUCCACAGCAAACUUCGAGGACUCGUUCGGUGGUCGGUCACCAGAGAGCACACUGCGAGCCUUUCGCCUCACAUCCCAGCGGCUCCGUUAUUUAACGCCUCACUUUCUACCAUCUUCCAAUGGCUUUGGUAACAGCGGGGAGGCGGUUCGUUCAGGUCACUUUACGGGAAUUUUCGCGGAGAAGCACGGCGGCGGCUUCUUGGGGAGCUUGGCGGACGGCAGAGCGCUGUUUCUCUGCAGGAACACCGCCUCUCAGGUCAGACAACAAAGUGACCGUCAACUUCAUCAACCGAGACGGCGAGAAGAUCACAGUAAAGGCGUCGCCUGGAGACUCUCUGCUAGACGUCGUCAUCAACGAAGACCUGGACUUUGAUGGCUUUGGAGCAUGUGAGGGAACCCUGGCGUGCUCCACGUGUCAUCUGAUCUUCGACGAGGAUGUCUACAAGAAGCUGGGGCCAGUCACAGACGAGGAGAUGGACAUGUUGGACCUGGCUUAUGGCUUGACUGAGACAUCUCGUCUGGGUUGCCAGAUCUGCCUGACCAAAUCCCUGGACGGCAUGGUGGCCCGAGUCCCAGAGAGCGUGGCAGACAUCCGGCAAAGCAAAGACGGCUCGGCUUAAACUGGGACGCUGCAACGUCGACUGAAGAAUGCACGAUGGUGGGAGGAAAGUGGUGGUGCUGUGGGCUGCCACAGAUCUGUCGUCCAGUUUUUUGUUUCUUUUUUUUUUUUUAAUAAAACAUUUUCUAGAGUGAAAUGCAAACUGUAACCAGCAAUUUGUCUAUCUAGUAUCAAAUCCAAUGUA